GGAUACAUGGAUGUGGGUGGACAGCGCAUCAAAAUCAAAGAAAUGUCCGAUAUUUUGGCAUCCCGAUUCGCUUUCGUUUCCGGUAAGCAGUUUUACAUUUGA